CAAUUGCAAACAUCUGAUUGGCAAGUGCUCAUAGUCUCACACCGUCCUGCCUGUUGACUCAAAUUUUGUAGCCACCCGAACUCCGGAAGAGGUGGAAGAGGUGGCGGGCGCAUUCACGGCGGCGGCGGAUUCCGCGCGCCCCACAAAAGGAAGGUGCAAAGGCCCCAUGUUGCUCUCCGCCUCCCUCUCCUCCUCCGACCGUGUGAUGUUAUUGAGGCCCUUCUCCACCUUCCGACCCGCUCUUCUGUCCUCCUCCCUCUCCAAAACCCGGACCCUUCGAUCCUUUGCUUGGCCUUCUACGAAGCCUACCCUCAUGGCUUCCAUUUCCACCGCUUCCACUGAGAAAGGGGCUUCUUCUACCGACCAAGAACCACAAAAGCAGCUGCAGCCACCGGCUCGGCCGCUACAGGUUGCUAAGCGUCUGGAGAAAUUCAAGACCACUAUCUUCACUCAGAUGAGCAUGCUUGCCAUCAAACACGGAGCAAUAAACCUGGGCCAGGGAUUCCCAAACUUUGACGGUCCUAAUUUUGUUAAAGAAGCAGCUAUUCAGGCUAUAAGAGAGGGGAAAAAUCAAUAUGCAAGGGGUCAUGGAAUUUCUGAUUUCAAUUCUGCCAUUGCUGCCAGGUUCAGGAAAGACACUGGCCUUGAAGUGGAUCCAGAAAAGGAAGUGACUGUCACAUGUGGGUGCACUGAAGCAAUAGCUGCAACCAUGCUAGGUCUGAUCAAUCCUGGUGAUGAAGUGAUACUUUUUGCUCCAUUUUAUGAUUCUUAUGAAGCCACUCUGUCAAUGGCUGGUGCCAAAAUAAAGUGCAUUACCCUUCGCCCUCCAGACUUCUCAGUCCCAGUUGAUGAGCUCAAGUCUGCAAUCUCAAAGAACACCCGUGCGGUACUGAUAAACACACCACACAAUCCCACUGGAAAAAUGUUUACUAGGGAGGAACUUGAAUUGAUUGCUACUCUCUGCAUAGAAAAUGAUGUGUUAGUUUUUACAGAUGAAGUUUAUGAUAAGCUGGCAUUUGAAGCUGAACAUAUUUCCAUGGCUUCUCUUCCGGGUAUGUAUGAGAGGACGGUGACCAUGAACUCUCUAGGGAAGACAUUCUCCUUGACCGGAUGGAAGAUUGGGUGGGCUAUAGCACCAGAACAUUUAACUUGGGGUGUGAGGCAAGCACACUCAUUCCUCACAUUUGCCACAUCAACUCCAAUGCAGUGGGCAGCUGCAACAGCUCUGCGGGCACCGGAUAGUUACUAUGAGGAACUGAAGAGAGAUUACAUGGCAAAAAAAGCAAUACUGGUGGAAGGAUUAGAAGCUGUAGGAUUUGUCGUCUACCCAUCAAGUGGAACCUACUUCAUAGUAGUGGAUCACACUCCGUUUGGGUUAGAAAAUGAUGUGGCCUUCUGUGAGUACUUGAUUCAAGAAGUGGGUGUGGUCGCAAUUCCAACCAGUGUCUUCUACCUCAACCCUGAGGAAGGAAAGAACUUGGUGAGAUUCACCUUUUGUAAGGAUGAGGACACUCUGAAGGCUGCAGUUCACAGGAUGAAGCAGAGGCUGAGGAAGAUAUAAGCAGAGUUGCUUUUAUUUGCUCAGCAUCGAUAGCUGAAUGCCACAAGAAUAUGUUGUGGUUUAGUUAUUGUAGUUAGGACUAGGCCGAUGGCUCCAGAUAAGGAGUGGCUUAAUGAAUCUGGAGCAUCUGUUGCUGAUUUUUGUUGCAGAUUUUAAAUUGCUCUUAUGAACUGCUAGUAUGAAGAUUUGGAAUAAAAAAUGCUCACUUUUAUGCUUUUCAGUC